AUCUCCAAGGAGGAGCUCCUCAACCCCAUCAAGCAGGACAUCAAGAAGGGCAAGCUUCGAUACGUCCGAAACUGCUUCCCCCACAAGGGUUACCUCUGGAACUACGGUGCCUUCCCCCAGACCUGGGAGGACCCCAAUACUGUCCACCCCGAGACCAAGGCCAAGGGCGACAACGAUCCUCUCGAUGUCUGCGAGAUCGGUGAGCUCGUUGGUUACCCCGGCCAGAUCAAGCAGGUCAAGGUCCUCGGUGUCAUGGCUCUCCUUGACGAGGAGGAGACUGACUGGAAGGUCAUUGUCAUUGAUGUCAACGACCCUCUUGCCUCCAAGCUGAACGACGUUGAGGACGUUGAGCGACACCUGCCCGGUCUUCUCCGUGCCACCAAUGAGUGGUUCCGUAUCUACAAGAUUCCCGAUGGCAAGCCCGAGAACCAGUUUGCCUUCACUGGCGAGUGCAAGAACAAGGACUACGCUCUUGACGUUGUCCGCGAGUGCGCCGAGGCUUGGGAGCGUCUUGUCACUGGCAAGACCCCCGCUGGUGGUGUUUCCACUACCAACGUCACUGUCCAGCACUCUCCUACUCGCGUCAGCCCUGACCAGCUUCCUCCUCUGCCCGCUCACGAGGAGGUCCCCGCCGAGAAGAUCGACGCUUCCAUUGACAAGUGGUUCUUCAUCAGCGGUGCCUCUGCUUAA